AUGGCCGAACCGACGCCCACCCCCGUGCCAGCGUCGCCCGCGGCAGCAACGGGCCUGACUGGCUUCGUCAUCACCUGCGAAUGCGGCACCGUCCGCCUCCGCACGCCGUCCACCACGCCCAUGGGCAUCGCCCACUGCCACUGCACCAACUGCCGCCACCAGUCUGGGUCCGCCUUUGGCACGUCGGUGUAUUUCCCGCCCACCCCGGGUUUCUAUCCGCUGGACCCGUCGCUGCUCGAAGAGCAGGGCGGCCCCGUGUCCCACUUUUCGCACCCGACAGACAGCGGCAACACGUUGCACUGCUUCUUCUGCCGGCGCUGCGGGUCCCGGUUGAUCCACGGCGCGACGCUGCCCGACGGCUCGCUUCGUGAGCGGGUGUCGGUCAAGGGCGGCGCGAUUGAGGAUCCAGACAAGCUGCUGGACUGGGCGCACGCCAAGCACGUGUUUGUGCGGUCGGCGGUGAUGCCGCUGUCGCCGACCUGGGAGACCUACGAGACAACACCUACCUGGCCGCCGAAGGAGACAAAGUAA